GACUUUUGUGUUUCUUACACACUCACUUGUCCUGUGUCCUCUAGUAUCUCUCAUAGUCUGCACAACACUUUCCUUUACUUCAUUCCAUCAUCAACCAAUCAUUGAUCACACACAACACAACCCCCAAUCCACUUAACCUUAACCUUAACCUUAACCUUAAAAAAAUGGCGGCGGGGUGCAUCAGCUUCACUGCCACGCGCGACCGCUGCUUCCGCUUCUCCUUCUCCAACGCGGGCCUCAAAUCCGUGACGACGGACCUCGGCGAUGGCACCAUCAUGCACUGCUGGGCCCCCAAGGCCCACAAGGACUCCAAGCCCAACCUCCUCCUCAUCCACGGCUUCGGGGCCAACGCAAUGUGGCAGUGGAACGACUUCCUUUCGCCCCUCACGCGCCGCUUCAACGUCUACGUCCCGGACCUCCUCUUCUUCGGAGACUCCCACACGACCCGCCCCGACCGCUCUGAAGCCUUCCAGGCCCAGUGCGUCGCGGCCCUCCUCCAGGCCCACGGACUCCAGAGAACCAGCGUUGUGGGUAUAAGCUACGGCGGCUUCGUGGCGUACAGUCUCGCGGCACAGUUCCCGGAGCGCGUGGAGAAGGUGGUGCUAUGCUGCGCCGGGGUGUGCUUGGAAGAUAAAGACUUGGACGAAGGGAUGUUCCAGGUGAAGACUGUGGAUGAGGCUGCGGAUAUUUUGCUGCCGCAGACGCCGGAAAAGUUGAGGCAGCUCGUGCAGCUCGCGUUUGCCAAGCCUGUCAAAACCAUGCCCACUUGCUUUCUCAAUGAUUACAUUAACGUGAUGUGUACUGAUAACCGCCAAGAGAGGAAAGAACUAAUCGAAACAUUACAUAAGGAUAGAAAAUUAUCUAAUCUUCCUAAGAUAACCCAGCCUACGUUAAUAAUCUGGGGAGAAAAGGACCUGGUCUUCCCUAUGGAAUUAGCUCAUAGGCUACAAAGACAUUUGGGAGAGAACGCUCAACUAGUGGUCAUUAAGAAUGCAGGGCAUGCUCUCAAUGUAGAGAAGCCCAAGGAGAUGUACAAGAAUUUAAAAUCCUUCCUCCUUGAUCCCGCUACUCCAACUCCAACUGCGCAAAAAAACCACAGUAACGGUAGCUAAGUGGAUUAGCAGAGAAAUGGAAGAGAUUUAUUUUUCGGCAUUGUUUGUGAAUAUGCUUGUGUAUCUAUUUGUUUAUACGCUGUUAUCAGCCACGCGGUAGUUUUCGGCACGGAUAGGACGAGAAGGGAUAGUCGUGAAACUGGUUCUUUAUAGAGUAAAAGAAGAGCGUAUCUGCUGCCAAUUUAAAGUAUGCGGAUGAGCAUCUGAAAAGAAAUUUUACAGAUCAUCCACUGUAAACUCAUAUAUCAGGAAACUUGGCUACGGAUAGAAUCUGAUUCAGAGGAAUUUGUUGCUAAGGAUACAGGAAUUGCAUAUGAAAUAUCAUGAGCUGGUGUGGGUAUUUCAACUCUUCUAUGCCUAUGCUUUUCAGGUGUGCAUAUAUAUAUGUGUGUGUGUGUGUGUAUAUAGUUGUGUAUUUGUGUCUCCCUGCUUUAGUGUUCCAUUUUAUUUUGGAAAAAUAAAUAAAUAAGUUAUAUUGAUAUUA